AUGCACAGUGAGCAGGAGAGGGAUGAAGCUCCAGGGCAGGCUGCCCCCGUCCUCCGCUCACAGCAAGAAAGCUAUGCAUCACCGCAGCAUUGCGCCGAAGACCGCCUCUCCCAAUACAAACAAACAACAAUGGCGAGAUAUGUCGGCCUGCAGAAGCACCACUCGAGUUGGUCCUAUGGAAUAGGCGUAAAAGGGCUAGGUUGGCAUCUGUCCUCAUUCCAAGCAUCACCGCGCAAGAUGGCUCUGUUGUGGAAGCUGGUCUACCGCAUUGCAGGCCGUAUACAGCAAUGA